AUGGCUUCAUUUGGAGGUUGUGAUAUCGGUGUUGAAGUGGAGGGUCAUCUAUCGAGUAGAUUCUGUCCAAUCUCUGAGAAGAUCAUAUCAGCCAAGUUCCCAAUACAACCAAUUUUUCCAUCGGCCAACAGCCAGUUCAAUCAACGACUAUCACAGCAAUGGACAAUGAAUCUACAAAGAUUAUCUAUACCUCUGGGUCUAGCGCCAUAUAUCGUUGGUAGCCAGUUUCCAAUGUUGGAGAAUAUCUCUGUCUCUCUAGGCGAGCGAGAAUAUGAUCUCAAUUCAGAUGUUUUCAUUCAUUUCCUCGAAAACAAUCGACAGGUGAAACAUCUCUCAGUGGUAAUCUACGGUACUCUCGAUGUACGAGCACUUCUAUCGAAAAUACCGAUUCUGAAGAGCAGCCUCCGUUCGUUCAAAUUCAAACCUAAAAGGUCUUUAACAGUUUCAAGAUUAAUUGCGUAUCCGCGGCCGGCAAUUCUCUUUGAUGUCCUCGAGCAACUCGAUCAAUUGGAACACCUUGAGAUCAAAUCAUUGGGAAAUCCAAAUAUAGAGUCGCCUUUCGAAUCCAAAAUGUAUUAUCAGCGACUGGAACAAUAUGUAAAGACCGCCAAGAAUCUAAAGUCAUUCCGUUACAGUGAGGAGCUAUCGACACGAUCACCCAAGCUGGUCGAUGCAUUGCUACAUUCGAAUAUCGAUUAUUUGACGAUUGUCGACGGUAUUCCAUUCCAAUAUAUCACAGCAUUCCAACGUCCGAUCAAAGAGAUGAUUGUGUGUAUCGACAAUGAUAUCCUUGAUGACGUUCCACUCUUGGAUAAGAUCUAUCCACUCUUUGAUAAUAUCGAGAGAUUAACCUUGGUUGUCAGAGGCUUUAACGAAGGAAUUGCCAAGAUAAUUGCAACAGUAAUCACCAAUCGACAAUCGAAAUAUUUAUCAAUCAGAUUGUUGGCAAUAUCUUCAAAUCCAUCAACCUUUCAUACGAUAUCUCUUGCCAUCAUUAAUAAUACAACACUCAAGUACUUUAACCUUCAAAUGGAAACCAAUACUUAUAGCUUUGCAAAAUUAAAAUUACUAAGUGGAUUGAAAAGAUCUAUAUUACAUCAUCCAUCUAUCAUUGAUAAAAAUUCAAUGAUUUUCACUUCCUAUAUAUAUAAAAAUAUAAUAACAUUCUUGUGGAAUGAACAUGAUUUACAAGCGAUUAACUUUAAAACAUUCCAACAUAAAGAAAAAAUCAAUAAAAAACUAAAAUCUGAAAUACUAGAGAGUUACCGUUCACUUUUGAGAUUGGAUUUGGUUUCUUGGCAAUUCCAUGCAUUAGUAAAACAGUUCAACAAUCACUUGAAUAUGUCUAUGUUCAGAGGUAAAGAUAUGGGUGUUGUAGUAGAAGAGCAUCUAUCGAGUAGAUUCUGUCCAAUCUCUGAUAGGAUCAUAUCAGCCAAGUUGCCAUUUCAACCGAUCUUUCCAUCCGCCAUCAGCCAGUUCAAUCAGCGACUAACACAACAAUGGACAUUGAGCCUACAAAGAAUAUCUAUACCUCUGGAUCUAUCACCAUAUGUCGUUGGUAGCCAGUUUCCACUGUUGGAGAAUGUCACUGUUUAUCGAUAUACUAUUAAAAGUGAUAUCCAUUCUGAUACUUUCGGUGAAUUCCUCCAAAACAAUCAGCAGAUAAAACAUCUCUCAGUGGUAUUCUAUAUUUCAAAUGAGAUUGAAGAGCACUUAUCGAAAGUACCAAUACUAAAGAGCAGUCUCCGUUCGUUCAAAUUCAAAGACAGCAAUUUUAUUUCAGUUUCAAGAAAGAUUGCAGAUCAUCCAGCAAUUCUCUUUGACGUCUUAGAACAGCUCGAUCAAUUGGAACACCUUGAGAUCAAAUCAUUGGGAAAGCCAACUGUAAAAUCACCUUUCGAAACCGACAUCUACUAUCAGAGACUAGAACAAUAUGUAAAGACCGCCAAGAAUCUAAAGUCAUUCCGUUACAGUGAGGAGCUAUCGAGACAAUCACCCAAACUAGUUGAUACACUAAUUCAUUCGAAUAUCGAUUAUUUGACGAUUGUCGAUGGUAUUCCAUUCCAAUAUAUCACAGCAUUCCAACGUCCGAUCAAAGAGAUGAUUGUUUAUAUCGACAAUAAUAUCCUUGAUGACGUUCCACUCUUGGAUAAGAUCUAUCCACUCUUUGAUAAUAUCGAGAGAUUAACCUUGGUUAUAAGAGACUUUAAUGAAGGAAUAUCAAAGAUAAUUGCAACAGUAAUCACCAAUCGACAAUCGAAAUAUUUAUCAAUCAGAUUGUUGGCAAUAUCUUCAAAUCCAUCAACCUUUCAUACGAUAUCUCAUGCCAUUGUAAACAAUGUUACUCUUAAAUACUUUAGCAUUCAAGUUGAGGCAAAUUCUAAAUCCUCUAACAUAUUACAAUUAGAAAGAGAGUUGAUCAGUGGAUUGAAAGGAUCUAUAUUACAUCAUCCAAGUAUUGUUGAUAAAAUAACCGGAAGUUUGUUUGGAUUGGUUAAUUGCUUAGUAUUGAGAUGGUUUGAGGUUGUUUGGAUUGGCUUGGCUAAUUCCUUAGCCUGA